AUGCAACUAAGGCGAUGAUUUUUUUCAACAAAACACAAGGGCAUCGGGACACUAUAUCUAAUAUUUGGGGCCUGAGCAGGAAUGGUUGGAACAGCCAUGAGAGUAAUAAUACGAACAGAACUAGCCCAACCAGGCUCACUCCUCCAAGACGACCAAAUAUACAACGUAAUAGUUACAGCUCACGCUUUAGUAAUGAUAUUCUUCAUGGUAAUGCCAAUUAUGAUCGGAGGAUUCAGUAACUGACUGAUCCCUCUAAUGAUCGGAGCACCCGAUAUGGCCUUCCCCCGAAUGAACAACAUGAGCUUUUGACUAGUACCCCCCUCUUUUCUACUACUCCUAGCAUCAGCCGGAGUAGAAAGAGGCGCUGGAACCGGAUGAACCAUCUACCCUCCAUUAUCUAGCGGCCUAGCCCACGCCGGAGGAUCAGUGGACCUUGCAAUAUUCUCACUCCACCUUGCAGGAGCAUCCUCUAUCCUGGCCUCCAUAAAAUUCAUCACUACUGUAAUAAACAUGCGGACCCCAGGAAUCUCGUUCGACCGUCUACCACUAUUCGUCUGAUCAGUAUUCGUAACAGCAUUUCUGCUACUCCUUUCCCUUCCCGUUCUAGCUGGAGCUAUAACAAUGCUUCUCACCGACCGAAACGUAAACACAACCUUCUUUGACCCCGCGGGGGGAGGAGACCCUAUUUUAUUCCAGCACCUUUUCUGAUUCUUUGGGCAUCCAGAGGUGUACAUUCUUAUACUUCCAGGAUUUGGAAUGAUAUCCCACGUAAUCGCUCACUACUCAGGUAAGAGAGAACCUUUUGGCUACCUAGGUAUGGUCUACGCUAUUGUGUCUAUUGGGAUUUUAGGGUUUCUAGUGUGAGCUCACCACAUGUUUACAGUCGGUAUGGACGUAGACACUCGGGCAUACUUCACAGCUGCAACAAUGAUAAUAGCCGUACCCACAGGAAUCAAGGUCUUCAGGUGAAUGGCAACGCUACAAGGCAGGAACCUCCGAUGAGAUACACCACUGCUUUGAGCCCUAGGAUUUGUAUUCUUAUUUACCAUUGGGGGACUGACAGGCGUAAUCCUGGCAAAAUCAUCCAUCGAUGUCAUCCUCCACGACACCUAUUACGUAGUCGCCCACUUCCACUAUGUCCUAUCAAUGGGUGCAGUGUUUGCUAUUUUCGCAGGAUUCACACACUGAUUCCCUCUCUUUUCUGGAGUAGGACUACACCCCCUAUGGGGGAAGAUCCACUUCGCAUUAAUGUUCAUAGGAGUAAACCUCACCUUUUUCCCCCAACACUUCCUAGGAUUAGCAGGUAUGCCACGACGAUACUCCGACUACCCGGACGCCUAUACCCUUUGGAAUACUAUCUCAUCCAUAGGCAGCACCAUAUCCCUCGUAGCAACACUGAUAUUCCUAUUUAUCAUUUGGGAAGCCUUCACUUCCCAGCGAACCACUGUUCGACCCGAAUUCGCACCCUCCUCACUAGAAUGACAAUACUCUUCCUUUCCCCCCUCCCAUCACACCUUCGACGAAAUUCCGGCAACCGUAUACUUAAUUAAGUA